AUGGCUGCUUUCAGGCUCCCAAUAGGUUCGGAAUUCCUGGAUUCCGCCAGCCGAGACUCAGUCUGCUACGAUCUUCCCUGCGUUGAUCCCGCAACUGGAGAUGAUACUCAGCUACCUCAAGAUGAUACUGCACUCGAUUCCGCUGACCAGUUUGACAAUUCAUACACGUUAAUGGGGCUUGACUCAUCAGACUCCUGGUGGCAGUUCAUUGAGACGGACGCCAAUACCAGCGUUUUCCCACUUGAUAGUGAGAGCCUACCAGCGCAUGAGAACUCGUUCGAUGCGACACUCACGAACGAGCAUGACGGCCUCAAUGCAGGAGACAUUGACUACGCUGGCUUGGUGGACUACGCUUUCCUACAGCCCUCUGCAGAUCAACCAGGUCAACAAGAUCCAUUGAGUUAUGAUAGUCCACAAUCAUCUAUAAGGCCAUCCCUACUUGGCGAAGUUGGAACCAGGGAAAACACCCCAAGUCCCUCUACCGCAGUACACUCAGCGGGGCGAGGGCUUCCUCGUCGAAGGAGCAGAUAUCGCAUCCAGGAGAUUGAUCGACGGACAGCUGCAACCUUCAUACCACCUGUUUCAGGCCCCGCCGAUCCCCUAGAACGCUGGAAGAAUUCUCCGCCUGAAGCCGAAGCAGCCAGCUUAUCGGCCAUCCAGAAUGCUCUCGAGAAUGCACCGACGGAUUCAGGUAUAAGCCGAGGGCCCGCGCUGGGCCCGCACCUGGAUGACUUGUUUCAAACGCCUCGCCAUGCAGCUUCCCGAGCAGCUUCAACGGUAAGUGGCGAAAGUGCCACCAGUGCGUCCUCCUAUCGCUCCAAUCGAUCUCGCGUAUCUGUUCGAUACCAUGGCAGCCAGUCCGGCUCUGAUAGGCCAACUGCUGGGAUCCAAAAGAAACAGGUCAGCACGGGCAGAAAGAAGAGGAGUUCGGCCAACAACUCUCGCAUAUUCUGCUGCACGUUUUGCUGUGAUAAAUUCAAGAGCAAAUAUGACUGGGUGCGCCAUGAGAAGUCCCUUCAUCUGGACCUGGAGAACUGGUCGUGCGCGCCGUUCGGUGGUUCUGUCAUCCUGCCAUCCACAGGCCGCACCCAUUGUGCCUAUUGCAACCAGCUGGAUCCCUCCCCCACUCACCUCGAGCAGCAUAACCAUGGAGUCUGUCAGCAACAAACGCGGACGUUCCGGCGAAAAGACCACCUGUUCCAGCAUCUGCGCCUUGUCCACCGUCUUGAAACCAUGCCACUCACCGACGGGUGGAAGAAUGUGGCCACAAACUUCUCGGCUGUACCAUGGCCCAGUAGAAAAGGCGACCAUGAGUUCCCGCCGGAGAUCGCCGCUCAAGUGAAACAUAGCGUACCUCCAUAUCUGCUCGACUUUGAGUCCCGGACUUUCGUUCCCUUCACUGCCACCAACGGUGCUGUCAAUGAUCAUCUUUCUCAGAUGCUCUCCCGGGCCAGCUUCCGAAACGUACUGGGCGAGCCUGAGAUGCCUCCGGACUCGGAAGCUCCGCGGCUGGAGUUGCCGCCAGCCCCCGAGCCUCAGUUGGAUUGUUACACUGAAGUGCUUACUCGCCACCUGAGUCAUUAUGCGCGAGGGAUGAUGAGCAGUGGCGUGGUUCCCACGGACCAGAUGUUCCAGUCAGAAGCGAGGCGUAUGAUGUUUGGUUCUGAAGACCAAUGGGACCAAACACUGGCGGAUGUUCCGGAAUGA